UCCAGUUAUGUAAGCUUCUCUGGACUUUUAUGCAUUCUCUGGUACCAUGGAUAUUUCACUCAGACAUCUAAGGGAUACGUGUAUGCAUGCUUGAAGAUACUUCAUGCAAAGCAGGCUGAAGAUGUUGACUGAUGGAAAACCAUUUCUUCUCCUUUUAUCCUCUGUGUUCUUGGCAUUGAGAAUAUGUCAUGGGGGCAAGAUUUUGAUCGUUCCUUUGGAGGGAAGCCACUGGGUGAACAUGGAUAUUAUGAUCAAAGCUCUCCACUCUCGAGGACAUUCUGUUGAUGUGGUACGAACCAAUGAAAGCUGGUACAUUAAGGAUGAUUCUCCCCACUACAAGACAAUCACACUUCCUGUCACCGAGGCCUUUAAUCAUGACUUUGUCAAUCCAGUCCUAAAAAAGAUCAUUGACAUAGAAAGGGGGAAGAGCUCUGUUAUGAUCUUUGCCAGUUUGCAGGUUGAAAUGUUUAGUGCAAUGUUUAAUGUACAUAGAAUUAUGUCCAAAAUGGCUACUAUUAUGUUUGAAGAUAAUAACUUGAUGAAUGAUUUAAGAGAGAGAAAAUAUGACCUGGUUCUUACUGACCCGGCAUGGGGUGCAGGUAUAAUGUUGGCUCAUGCUCUUAAGCUACCUUUGGUCUACAAUGUGCGGUGGAUAACUAGUGGAGAGGGACAUUUGGCCAUUGCACCCUCUCCUUUAUCUUACAUCCCAAUGACUGGCUCAGGGCUGUCAGACAAAAUGAGUCUCAUACAAAGAGUCAAAAAUCUCAUUUUCUAUGUCAUUUGGCAAGCUCAGGAUAGAUUUUUGAUUGACCCUCAAUAUCAAGCUGUUUGUGACCAGUUCUUUGGCCCAGAAGUCAGAUACAGUGACUUAUUACGAGGAGCAGACCUGUGGCUGAUGAGAGUGGACUUUGUGUUUGAAUUUCCUCGCCCCACAAUGCCUAAUGUCGUCUACAUAGGAGGGUUUCAAUGUAAACCUUCUGAACCACUUCCUGAACACUUAGAGGAGUUUGUGCAGAGUUCUGGAGAGCAUGGAGUCAUCAUCAUGUCUCUGGGGACUUUUGUGAAUGAACUUCCUGCUGACAUAACAGAUACGAUCGCUGCAGCUUUUGCCAGAUUACCCCAGAAAGUCAUCUGGAGGCAUAAAGGUAAAAGACCAGCCACUCUGGGCAACAACACUUUAAUAGUUGACUGGAUGCCACAGAAUGACCUCCUGGGACAUCCAAAGGUUAACCUGUUUGUGGCUCAUGGAGGAACAAAUGGAGUUCAAGAAGCAAUUUAUCAUGGAGUCCCAGUUGUGGGUUUACCUUUGUUCUUUGAUCAAUAUGACAACCUGCUGCGACUGGAAGAGAGAGGAGCAGCUAAGCUUCUAACCAUUAAUACAGUGGACAAAGACAACAACUUCCUGGAAGCCAUACAAGAAGUCCUGACUGAGCCCUCCUACAGGAUGAACAUGCAGAGACUCUCCAGGCUGCACAGAGAUCAACCAAUAACACCACUGGACCAUGCUCUCUUCUGGAUAGAGUUUGUCAUGAGACACAAAGGUGCAGCUCACCUAAGAACAGAGUCUUACAGACUGCCCUGGUAUUCCUACCACUCUGUAGAUGUCAUGUUGUUUUUGCUAACAGUUGCACUACUUAUUUUGUCACUUUUUGUUGGGUUAGUAUGGUCAUGCUUCAGAUGGUGUUUGAAAAGAAAAAUAAAAUCUGACUAACAUUG